GCGGCCUUCUCCGCUGCGUGCGCCCCCUUCCGCCUGACGCGCCCCCGGCGGCGGCCGCGCAGCCCUGGCUCCUCGCGGGCUUGGGCGGCGGCUGCGGCGGGGCCAUGGCGAGUGGCGGUGGCGGUGGCGCUGGUAACACCGGCGCAGGUGGGGGCUCGGGGCUGGGCCUGAGCCUCGGCCUGGGCCUGAGCCUAGGCAUGGGUGAGGCCACCGGCGAGGCGGAGGAGGAGGCUGCCACGGCCGAGGCGGUGGGACGCCUGGCCACGGCUCUGUGGCUGCGGCUCCGCGGCUGGGAGGCGGUGCUGGCGGCAGCGCAGCGGCUGCUGGUGUGGGAGAAGCCGCUGCACAGCCUGGUCACGGCGGCCGCGCUCAACGGCCUCUUCUGGUUGCUGUCUUCUUCCUCCCUACGGCCCUUCUUCCUACUCAGCAUCUCACUUUUGGCCUAUUUUCUGUUGGAUCUCUGGCAGCCUCGCUUCCUCCCUGACAUCUCAGCAUCAUCCCCAGAGGAGCCACACUCUGACAGUGAGGGUGCGGGGUCAGGCGCCCGGCCGCACCUGCUGAGUGUGCCCGAGUUGUGCAGAUACCUGGCUGAGAGCUGGCUCACCUUCCAGAUUCACCUGCAGGAGCUGCUGCAGUACAAGAGGCAGAAUCCAGCUCAGUUCUGUGCUCGCGUCUGCUCUGGCUGUGCUGUGCUGGCUGUGCUGGGACACUAUGUUCCGGGGAUUAUGAUUUCCUACAUUGUCUUGCUGAGCAUCCUGCUGUGGCCCCUGGUGGUUUAUCAUGAGCUGAUCCAGAGGAUGUACACUCGUCUGGAGCCCCUGCUCAUGCAGCUGGACUACAGCAUGAAGGCGGAAGCUGAUGCCCUGCAUCACAAACACGACAAGAGGAAGCGGCAGGGGAAGAAUGCACCCCCCGGAGGUGAUGAGCCACUGGCGGAGACAGAGAGUGAGAGCGAGGCAGAACUGGCUGGCUUCUCCCCAGUGGUGGAUGUGAAGAAAACAGCCCUGGCUUUGGCCAUUACAGACUCAGAGCUGUCAGAUGAGGAGGCUUCUAUUUUGGAAAGUGGUGGCUUCUCCGUAUCCCGGGCGACGACUCCACAACUAACUGACGUGUCGGAGGAUUUGGACCAGCAGAGCCUGCCAAGUGAGCCAGAGGAGGCCCUGAGUCGGGAGCUGGGGGAAGGAGAGGAGACAGACCUGGCCCCUCCCGAAGACCUGCUGGGCUCCCCUCAGGCCCUCUCAAGGCAAGACUUGGACUUGGAGGAGGAAGAAGAUGUGGCAUCCAAGGAAACCUUGCUUCGGCUCUCAUCCCCCCUUCACUUUGUGAACACGCACUUCAAUGGGGCGGGGUCUCCCACAGAUGGAGUGAUGCUCUCCCCUGGAGGACCAGUGGAGACACCGAGCCCAGAGGCAGUGAGUGGUGAUCUCAUCACUCCACCUAGCGCCCUGUCACCCCUACUUUGCCUUGCUGAAAAUGACCCGGCCCCUACCCCCUCAGUACUCCCGCCUCUUCCCCAGGACUCACCCCAGCCCCUGCCUGCCCCCGAGGAAGAAGAGGCACUCACCACUGAGGACUUCGAAUUGCUGGAUCAGGGGGAGCUGGAGCAGCUGAAUGCAGAGCUGGGGUUGGGGCCAGAGACAUUCCCAGAGCCUGCUGAUGCUCCCCCGCUAGGGCCCAAUACCCCGUCUCUGGUACAGUCAGCCCAAGAGGCUCAGGCCAUGGCAGAGCCAUGAACCCCAGGGGAAGGAGUUGCAGGCACAGUAGGGCUUCUUGGCUAGGGAUGUCACUGUUUCCUCCUUUCCCUACUGCCCUGGGGAGGAGCAAUAUGUGGGGAAGCUGGCUAUCAGAUGGAGCCAGUCCGCCCUCUGCCUGCCUGCCUGCCUGCUGUCCUGGGCCUGGUACAGUACCUGGGAUUGGUUUUAAGCUUGUAAAUAAUUUUACAUUUGGGUUAGUGGAUGUGAACAGGGCUAGAAGAGUCCUUCCCACUUGCUUCCCUGCCUCAACUCUAGUCUCAUUCCACGAUGCCCCAAGCCCUGGUGGUCUGUCCCUUUCUUUUUCCUCCUAUCCUCAGGGACCUGUGCUGCUCUGUCCUCGUGUCCCACUUGGUUGUUUAGUUCAGGCACUUUAUCAUUUUUCUCUCCUGUGCCACGCUCCUCUCUGCUUUAUUUCCCUGCUGUGUCCUGUCCUUAGCAGCUCAAUCCCCACUCUUUGCCAGCUCCUCCUUCCCAGCAGGCCCCGGCAAAGCUUUAGGGAGGCUCCUGUCUGGGAGGUGCAGACGAAGCCCGGGGUGGUGGGUCAGGUCAGUAGUUAUGCACUUAGUCGCUGUAGCCCGUGUAUCCUCCACUGCACCCUUGCCCUUGUUCAUCCCAGCCUUUCCCAAUGCAGGAUGGGAGCAGGGAUCCCACAGCACAUGCGCCAGCACUACGUUAGUGAGCAGGAGCUCUGUCUUGUGGGGCGAGGGGCUUUCUUACUAUCUUAGGGAGGAAUAAGGAGACCUGCUUCUCUGGGCCAUGGUCCAAGUGUGGUGGGACCCCCUACUAGGGUCAGGAAUUGGACAGUAACAUCUGUGCAGGUGUUGACUGGAACAAUAAAGUAUUGAUGGCUAGAA